AAUUUGUGAUAUAUGUGGGUAUACCUAUAAAACAGACACACCAAUAUUAAGGGUAUAUUUGUUUCGUUGUCGUCAAUUAAAGCUGUUAUGGAAAGGACGCUGUUUAAUUUAUCUGAAUACCUAAGUCUCGAUUAUUCAGUGGCGACGAAUACGAUCGGACUACAGUGCGUGUUAUCGUGUUGUGUUGUGAUUUUGGUAGCUGUAGGCAACAAAAAUAAAGGCGGACAAUGUCGAUCGGCAAAAUGCCCGAGUUUAAACCCGCGACCGACAACUGGCGGUUGUACGUAGAUAGAUUAGAACAGUAUUUUGUAGUAAACAAAGUGGAUAAAGAAUUACAUGUUCCUACGUUAAUAACUGUUAUGGGUGCGGAGUGCUAUGAACUGUUGGUUAACUUGUGUACACCGGACAAACCGAUUACAAAGACAUUUACGGAGGUGGCGGCCAUUUUAGAGCGCCAUUUACAGCCAAAACAUAGUGAACUCGCAGAACGGUACAAAUUUAGGCAAAGGAAGCAAUCGAGCAGUGAAAGUGUUGCGGAGUACGUGGCGGUACUUAAAAAAAUGUCAAUAACGUGUGAAUUCGGGACUUGGUUGGAGGAGAGUUUACGCGAUCAGCUGGUGUGUGGAAUGCACAGUGAAACAAUACGUCAGCGACUUUUUACGGAGGAAGGAUUAGAUUUUGGAAAGGCAUACAAACUGGCGGUCAGCAUGGAGGCGGCAGAGAGGGAUGCAGCGGUCGUGGAAGGACGCGAGAAAGCAUCGAGUGGGGCCGUGGCCGACUGCCAGGCCAUGACAGGGUUCGCGUCGCGUCAGGCAAGAGGGCCGAGGGCGAGCGACUUCAGGUCCAGCGGGCCGGCAGCGGCAGGACUGCGAUCAUCCCGGGUGGUCAGUACCAGCGGCGGCCGCGGAGGCCACGCCGGUACCCGUGGCACCGGGGGAGCGGCAGCACCGGCGCUAGGCCGAGGGGCCAACCAGUGCACGGUAUGCGGUGCGGGGCAUGAGGCCUCGACGUGUCGUUUUGCACGUUACGUGUGCAAAGUCUGCAAUCGACAAGGUCAUCUCCGACGGAUGUGUCCAUAUCUGGUGGACCAGCACUGCGUAGAGGUGGAACAGCAUUGCGUGGAGUCGAUGACAGCAAGCUGCGGCACGGAGCAUUGCGGUCUCGGAUUUGUGGGUCAAGGAACGGACUCAGAUAUCGACAGUGACGUUAGUUUGGAGGUAAUUGCAGACUUAAAUCAGAUUUCUAUAGCAGAUUGUAAACCAAUUUAUAUUCCAAUUAAUGUUCAAGGAAAACUACUGGAAAUGGAGUGCGACACUGGCAGCGCAUUGUCUUGCAUAAGUUAUAGGCAAUACCAACAGCUAUUUAGUAAUUUAAAUUUACAAAAGUGUAAUUUGAAAUUAAGUUAUUAUUCACGUAUAUUAGUAAGCCCUGCCGGGAUAAUCAAACCGCUAGUUAAAUAUAAAGACAAGAAAAAGUACCUAGAUUUAUAUGUGGUACAUGAUGGUAAAGGCUUAUUACUAGGGCGGCAGUGGUUAGCUGAAUUGGGGAUACGCAUACCAGAAAUUAGUUAUUGUGAUGUGAACAAUGUGACAGGAAGUCAUUUUAAUUUGCACGAUUUCAGCUCCCGCUACCGUGAAGUGUUCGCGGACGGCCUGGGGCGUUUCACCGGCGGCCGGGUCAGCAUCCACCUGCGGCCGGGCGCGCGUCCGGUGUUCCUGCGCGCGCGGCCGCUGGCGUACGCGCUGCGCGAGCCGGUGGAGCGCGCGCUGGAGCAGCUGGUGCGCGACGGCGUGCUCACCCCCGUCGACCGCUCCGACUGGGCCACACCUAUUGUACCCGUCGUUAAGAAGGAUGGUAGUAUACGGAUCUGCGCUGACUAUAAACUCACGUUAAAUAGAGUAUUAGAGGUGGACCGUUAUCCGCUACCUAGGGUGGAAGACUUAUUAGUUCGUUUGCAUGGGGGGCAGCGUUUUAGCAAAAUUGACCUGUCGCAAGCGUAUGCUCAGUUCGAGUUAGAUGAAUCACGGAAAUACACGGUAAUAAAUACCCAUAAGGGUCUAUUUAGGUAUAAUCGGUUAGUAUACGGCCUAUCGUCUAGCCCGGGCAUAUUUCAAAGGCGUUUAGAACAACUGUUUUCAGAUAUGUCACAUGUUGGUGUAUUUCUUGAUGACGUCAUUAUAACGGGAAAGGAUACGAAAUCGCAUAUCGAUAACUUGAACAAGGUGUUUGAACGACUGCAGUCGUAUGGCUUACGCGUUAGGAAGGAUAAAUGUGAGUUUUUUGCGGAUUCCAUAAAUUAUUUAGGUCACGUGAUCAGUCGAGCCGGAGUACAUACCUGUCCAGACAAAAUUAAGGCUAUUAUAAAAACACCCGCGCCGCAAAACGUGUCUGAACUUAGAGCCUUUAUCGGGUUAAUUAUGUAUUACGGCAAGUUUGUAAGGAACAUAAGCACUAUUUUAACGCCGCUGUACAACUUAUUAAAAGCGGGGGUUAAUUUUGUCUGGAGCAACGAGUGUCAGGCGGCGUUCGACUCGGUGAAGAAGGCUAUGAGUUCAAGUGAGGUGCUGGUACACUACUCUAGUGACAUGCCGGUGGUGCUUACGGCUGAUGCGUCAUCCGUGGGCGUGGGGUCUGUACUGUCACACCUGACGCCGGGCGGCGAGCGGCCCGUGGCGUACGCUUCGCGCACUCUGACACCGACCGAGCGAGCGUACGCGCAGAUAGACAGGGAAGCCCUUGCAAUAAUUUACGGUAUCCGUAAAUUUCAUCAGUAUCUCUACGGCCGGAAGUUUAUUCUACGCACGGAUCACAAACCUCUGACAUAUAUAUUUGGCGACAAAGUAGGUAUUCCGGUCAUGGCCGCAUCGCGACUUCAACGGUGGGCGGUGUUAUUAUCUGGGUAUGACUAUACGAUUGAGUACGUGCCGUCGGCUAAAAACUGUGCCGACGCGUUGUCACGGCUUCCUCAGGCGAAGGCUGGAGAAGAGGAUACCGGGGAGAAGACGUAUUUAAAUUUCGUGGAAGAUUUUUUACCGAUAACCAACAGCGACGUCAAAUCGGCUACCUUAAAGGACAGAGUUUUGUGUAGAACGCUGUCGUACGUACAAUCAGGAUGGCCCGUGUCUUGUCCGGAUGACGAAAUGAAGCCAUAUUUCGCGCGCCGAAAUGAGUUAUACGUAGACCGAGGAUGUGUAAUGUGGGGCUACCGAGUCGCAAUACCGUCCAGUUUGCAGGCGACAAUCCUUAAACAGCUACACGUUAGUCACAUGGGUAUAAUUAAGACUAAAUCUUUAGCUCGCAGUUACGUGUGGUGGCCGAAUAUUGACGCAGACGUAGAGGCACUAUGCCGCGCGUGCCCAACGUGCGCGGCUGAGGCGCCGGCACCACCUCAUGCGCCGCCCGCGUCCUGGCCGUACGUAGCGCGUCCUUGGACAAGACUUCAUGCGGAUUUCUUGUCUUUAAAAGGAAAAACUUUCUUUGUUGUGAUAGAUUCCAGUACCAAGUGGUUAGAAAUUUGUGAAAUGUCGCGCACGAAUGCAUCGGCGGUUAUUAAAGAGCUACGCGCUAUAUUUGCACGUUUUGGGGUUCCCGAACAAUUUGUGUCCGACCAAGGACCACCGUUUACCAGUUCGGAUUUAAAAGAUUUCUUGGUUAAAUGCGGUAUUCGGCAGUCUUUCUCGCCGGUUUACCAUCCGGCUUCGAACGGGGCGGCGGAGGGUGCUGUUAAAUUGUGCAAACGCGCCAUCAAGAAAGCGUACAGGGAAAACGUUGACAUAGAUGCGGCUUUGCAAACUUAUUUAUUAGCGUAUAGAAAUAGUGUGCACAGCACGACAGGGGAGAGUCCAGCAAUGCUCCUACAGCGGCGUCCAUUGCGCACCCGGCUGGACCUGCUACGCGGAGAGGCCGCGCUGCAGGAGCGAGUGCAGGUGGCGCAGGCGCGCCAGACGGCGGCCGCGGGAGGAAAGCCGCGUUCGUUCGCCCCGGGUGACGAAGUCUGGGCGCGGGGAUAUGGUGCGGGGGACAAGUGGGUCAAGGGAACCGUGAUAGGGCCAGAGAGCUCGCGCACUUACAGCCUAAGUAGGGAUAACGGAGGGUCGAUAGUCAGACACAUAGAUCAAGUUAGGCGCAGAUCCCGUAUGUCUACCGUGCCUUGUCCAAAAGAAACAGUGGAGGCGGACGAGGGUGAGAGCGAUGUCGAGGGCCUAGGUGGCCCGACGGAGGUGGAAAAAGACUCGACAGUAAUGGUCGAAAGAGAAAUUGUCCCUAUGCUUACGAGCACAAGUGACGUCCGGUCAGAUUCCGAUCUUAUUCCGCCACCGCCUCGAGAACCGCUGACACGACCGCCAAUGAAUCUUAGACCUUUACCGCAUCGUAAACUUAAGUUAGAAAUCGAUUAA